AAGAAAGAAAACAAAACAAAUAGAUAGAGGAAACUAAGAUGGGUAAGACUUUGAGCAUGACAGUGAUGAUGGUGUUGAUAGUAGCGGCGUUUGUGAUCGGAGGUGAAGCAAAAUCUGAAGUGGAAUGCAGUAAGUUGUGUCGUCCCCAUUGUCAACGUUCAUCAUCAGCAGCAGAAUGUACCGACUGUCAUAGAAAGUGUGAGCAGUCUCCACCGGCUAUGAAGACAGAUGUUCUUAAGAACCAGCACCUCAGCAGCAGGAGAUAUGGUCUAGCCAACUAAUUUAUAACAUAUAUGAUGGUGAUCAUGAUGAUUGUAUGGUAUUGUGUUUGUAAUAAUAAGAUGAUGGUACGUAAACUUCUAUAUAUUAUAUUUGUAAUAAUAAGAUGAUAUAUUGUAUUCUUGUUCUCA